GCCGUUGUUCAGUGAUGAAGUAUAUAGCAAUCAUUGGCGCUGGGUGUAGUGGUCUGGCUGCAGUCAAAGCUUGCCUUGACGAAAACCUUGCCCCUGUGUGUUUUGAAAGAGGGGACGAUAUCGGUGGCCUUUGGAACUUUUCAGAAACGGUCACCAAUGAUCGCGCAAGCAUUUACAAAAAUCUGGUGAUCAACACUAGUAAGGAAAUGAUGUCUUUCAGUGAUUUCCCUACUCCUCACGACUUUCCACCCUUCUUGCCACACGAAUAUGUUCUCAAAUACUUCCGUUUGUACGCUGCAAGAUUCCAACUCCUGGCGCAUGUUCGCUUUAACGCUGCAGUUCUGAACAUUAGCAAAGCUAGCGACUAUGACGCCACAGGACGGUGGGGGGUAACGGUGAGUGUUGAGGGUGCCCCGCCCUUCACGCGGGUGUUUGAUGGGGUGAUGGUCUGCACUGGUCAUCACUCUGUCCCCUACACGCCGACAUUUAGGGGUGCGGACAAGUUCAAAGGACCCGUCAUACACUCUCAAGGAUACAAAGAUUCAAGUAAUUUCAUUGGAAAACGAGUACUUGUUAUAGGCAUUGGUAACUCAGCUGCGGACAUCGCCGUGGACUUGUCCCGAGCAGCAUCGAAGGUGUUCCUGAGCACUCGAAGGGGUGCGUGGAUCAUCGGCAAGACGAGUAUUAAGGGGAUCCCUGCUGAUCUCCUUGCCAACAGUCGGUUCGUGUUCUCACUGCCCCUCAACCUGCUACAGUGGGUCGUGGAGAAGCAGGCUAACUUCAAAGUGGACCAUGACACGUUUGGUCUGUCGCCACAGCAUGGGGCGCUUGAAGCACAUCCGACCAUCAACGACGAGCUUCCCUACCAGCUGGUGACUGGAAAAGUCAGCAUCAAGCCGAACGUAACGACAUUCACUCAAAAUGGCGUCGAGUUCGCAGACGAUACUUUUGAGGACAUAGAUGCCGUGAUAUAUGCGACUGGUUAUGACUACCGGCUCGAUAUUGUUGAUGAAGAUGUGCUGAGGAUUGACAACAACAAGACGCACCUGUAUCAGUACAUGUUUCCGACCAACCUGACCCACCCUACAUUUAGUGUGAUUGGACUCGUCCAACCAAUCGGCGCCAUUAUGCCAAUAUCCGAGAUGCAGUGCCGAUGGUUCACUAAGCUGGUCAAAGGGGAGGUGAGUUUGCCGAGUAAGGAGGUCAUGCUGAAGUCGGUGUCCCAGAGAUUUGCCUUGAUGAACCACACCUACAUCAAGUCUCGCAGACACACCGUACAGACUUACUGGAUAGAGUAUAUGGACAAUAUCGCUUCUAAAAUUGGCGUCAAACCGAAUUUUAAAAGACUCCUGUUUGAAGACCCCGUCUUGGCUUUUAAAUGCUUUUUCGGCCCGUGUGUCCCCGCACAGUACAGACUAACCGGCCCUGGGAAGUGGGAAGGUGCAAGACCAAUUAUCAUGGACGCCGUUGCCCGAGCAACCAGAGGCGCCACCUGCAGGAAGGUGUGCGCAAAGAAGCGCCCGUCCCGGAAGGAAAGGAACGGCACCUUGAUGCUGCUGCUCUAUGUGUUUGUGUUCUUCACGCUUGUCACCAUGUGGUGCUUCGACUCGUUCAUGGACCUCUCCGUAGUUGACAUUGUGUCUCUUCUUCAGAAGGAGCGUGUUGAACACGCUCUUGCGAGAUAACAAUAGACUCGGUUCUGUCUCAGAUAUCAUUUUUAACUAAAUAUGCAAAUGCGUCCGCGGAUUCUGCCGGUGGCGCCAGUUGAUGGUUAUCAGAGUUAUCUUCCCCUUUUCGUAACAAAUUUGUUUAUAGUUAGCCGUCAAACCGGCGACGUAUGCUUUAGCGCAGUAUGAUUUACGAAGUUAGAUAUCAGCAUCCUUGCAUUGUGGAUAUAAAGAGAGUUACAUCUUGGUGGAUGCGACUUUUGAUUUUACAUUGCUUGACGUACAAGAAAAACAAAGCUAAUUUAUUUAAGAAAUAAACGACGAGUGGGAGUUGUUGAUCGUACAAUAAACACUACAGGGAGAAUAAACCAUGAGGGGCGCAGUCGUUUAUUUCUUGGAUGAGAUAUCAGCAUUAUGUACAGCCUCUUUAAGGAUGAUGAUAAAAUGUACAACCUUUGAAACGAUUUACACGUAUUUAAAAAAUGAUGACUCCCUCAAAAGAAUCCCACCCCAGCAAUGUCGGACAAGUCCAUUUUUUGCACAGGUGGAUAUUUCCCAUAUAUUCUCAAAAUCCUCAAGUCGAUUACCUGUACCUUUUCUCCCAAUACCGAUUGUCAUAUAUCUCCCGCCUUUGGAUGCGAUCGAUCGGUCAU